AUGGCCAAGAGAUCAAACAAGCAAAGUAGAUCCAAGACCAAUAGAAGGAUUCAGGAUGCCUUGCAGAUAGCUGAGAAAUCAGAAAGGUAUCAGAAGAGUUCAAGGAACCAGGGUUCUGACGACUCUGAUACCGAUGGUGCCAUCAUGAACGCGAAGAGGUAUGUUCAAGGAGACUAUGGAGACGAUAACGAAGAGUUCGUCGACGAGGAGAUUGACUCUGAUGAGGCAUUUGGUCCAGAUGAUGAUUUUGAAACUUUUAAAUCCAAGGGCACAGACAAAACAACAGCAAAAGGCAAAGGAAGAGGGAAGCCCUCCCAUUUGGAAGACGAAGAUGAGGUCGACGAAGAAGAAGACAGCGAAGAUGAGGAGGGACUUGUUACUCUUUCUCAAGCUUGGGAUAUGGAUGAUUCCGAAAAGAGGAAGGCAAAUUUUGCCAAAAGCACUCAACAGUUGAUAUUGAACGACAACAUUGAUUCUGCUGAAUCUAGCUCAGAAGCUGAUUCCUCGUCCGAAGAAGAGGAAGAAGAGGACCCGUUUGCAGAAAUGGAAUCAUAUGAUGAAGACGAAGUUGAGUUAAACACAGUUGUUAAAGAUUUGGAUGAUGCCGACAAGAAUAAGAACAGAGUUUUGAUUAAUCCUAAAGACGAGGAAGAUGAAUAUAAGGUACCCACCACAGGCCACAAGCUAUCUCUUAAACAGAUGUUGGAGGCAACUGGGGAUUCCAGUAUUUCCCAAGAUAACUUUUUACUUAGAAGGAAGCUUGUUGACGGCAGCGAGUCCGCUACUAUGGCUGUACCGUUACCCAAGAGACUACAACAAAGAAAAGAGAGAGAAGCCGCGUACGAGCUCUCUAAAGCUGAGGCUGACAAGUGGCAAGAUACUGUGAAGUCAUUAAGAGAAGCAGAGCAUUUGGUAUUUCCUCUUCAACCACAGAAGGAUUCUGACGAAGAACUAGAAGAGCCAGAAGCUAAGGAACUGAAACCUCUGACCAAACUGGAAACCGCUGUUAACGAAGUAUUGAAAGCCUCUUCAUUACUUGAUGACAAGAAGGAAUCUACUUUUGAAGAAAUGGCCACCGCCAAAAUGAACCCCGCUGACCUUCGUCGUAGGCAAAACGAAUUGCGAAUGAUGCGAGAGUUGAUGUUUCGAGAGGAACGUAAGGCUAAGAGAAUAAAGAAGAUUAAAUCUAAGACUUAUCACAAGAUUAAAAAGAAGGAACGUCUCAGAACUGAGCAACUUGUUGAAGGUGAUGAAUCUGAUGAGGAGGAACACGAUUCCAAGAGGGCCCUUGAAAGAAUGUCCUUGAAACACAAAACAAAUGGACAAUGGGCUAAAUCUAUAAUCAAAAGUGGAAUGUCAAAGGAUAAAUCUGUUAGAGAUGAGCUUGAAGAGACUUUGAGACAAGGAGAACGUUUAAGAGCCAAGAUCCAGGGAGAUGAGGAUUACAGCGAUGCUCGCAGUAUUUCAGAUUUGGAAUCAGAUGGAGAGGAAUCUGAUCCUGAGCUUAGAUCUAAGAUCGGUAAGGGAGUGAUGAACAUGGAUUUUAUGAAGAAAGCUGAAGCCAAACAGAAAGCAGCAAACAAAGAAGAAUUAGAAAGAUUGAGGAGAUUCCAAGAAUACGGCCAAGAAGACGAUCUUGAUGAAUUCCGCAACGAGUCCACCUCUGCAAACGUUGUAUUAAACACAGGGAGACGAGUCUACACUCCAGGUGCUGCUCUUGAGCACAAAGAGAUCGAAGAGGAAAAUGUGAAGGUAUUGGAAGAACACGAAAUCGACAACGCAAAAAGCUUAACCAACAAAUUGAGUAAAACGGUACAUCGUGAAAAAUCAAAAAAUGCUGAAGAUGCAGUCAAAGAGUCCGAAUCUCAGAAUGAGAAGCAACCUGAAGAAGAGAAUGAUAGCACUGUUAAUCCUUGGCUGACGAUCACUACUAAUGGUAGCACUCACAAAUCCAAGAAGGUAAGAGUAAUUGACAAAGACUCAUCAAAAUCAGAAAAAGCAGCAGCCAAAUUGACCAAGACAAAGAAAAGAAGUAACGCACAUUUAGAAGAAGACGGGCCGAUAGUUGAUAUGAACGAACGACUGAAGAUUGUGGAUCCCUAUGGUUCUGAUGAGGAUGACGAAGAUGGGUCUAACGUCCGAAUGUUCAAACAGACAGAACUUAUUCGUGAAGCUUUUGCCGGAGACGAUGUGAUAGAUGAAUUUCAAAAGGAAAAAGAGGCUAUCAUAAAGGCUGAUGGUGACAAAGAGGUAGAUUUGACUCUACCCGGAUGGGGGGAUUGGGCCGGAUCAGAUAUCAAGAAAAAGAGACGGCGAAAGACGGUCAAGGUUGCCGGCGUUGUUUCGGAAGAAAGACGAAAGGACAGGCAAUUAAACAGUGUCAUUAUCAACGAGAAGGUUAAUAAAAAGAAUCUGAAGUAUAGGACUGACAAAGUUCCAUACCCCUUCGAGACCAUGGCUCAGUAUGAACAGUCGCUCCGUACACCAUUGGGACAGGAAUGGAUCACUAGAACAACUCACCAAGAACUCAUCACUCCCCGUGUGAUUGUCAACCAUGGUGCUGUCGUUGAUCCUUUAGAUGCACCUUUCAAGUAA